AUGAGCCCAAUCGUUCAGUUGGUCCUCCAUGUGAAAAAAGCCCGCGCUGCCAUCAACAGCAUCAACAGGGGGAGGAAAUCAAACACCAAGAGAAAUAACCCGUCUAGACACAAUCCCUUUGCUUCGUCGGUCUCUUCGACAUCGGAUGUCAGUAAACUCAAUCCGGUCGCGACCUCUUCCCUGUGGGACAUCCUCCCUGUUGAGAUUCAAGUAAAGAUCUUCGCUCAUUGCGGCAUCACGGACCUAUUACCGUUGAAACUCGUCUGCAAAGCCUUCCAUGAGCUACUUACCACACAUGAGCAUGCGAUCACUCGGCAAUAUCUCCGCCAGCGCCGUCAUGGGUCCCUUCCUUCUCCGAUAGAUAGUGAGAGGACAUAUACACGCCACCCAGAGGAUGAUGUAGUGCUACUGUCAGACCUUUUCCCGCCCGCAAAGAGCGCCAAGGGUGGCCAUAUAUAUACUUUCAGAUAUGUUUACAGUCUACGACGGCGGCAGAAACUAUGCUCCAAGUUAUGCUAUUACAUCGCAGACCGCGUCAUGGAUCGGUUCGUUGCAAGUGAGCCGGCAUUCAUGAAGUCUAUGUUCCCCUCCAGAAACGAGCGCAAUGAUUUUGUGAAACGAGGGACCGCAAGUAUAUCGUUCUAUCUUACGCCACUGAUGUAUUAUACUCUAUACUUCCUCGAGUCCUAUACUCUCGCUAGGCGGGAACACACCAACAUUCUUCUGCACGAUUUCGAAGCUGGACGACUACCCGUCCCCAUUCCCCCGGACGUCCGCAAGUCUAUGUACCGAAGUUUGCAAGUCAAGAUACUGCGGUCUCCCCCUUUCACAAACACCGCCACUCUUAUCGCAACACAUCAUUGCAUGCAACUCCUUGUUUCAUAUCUUCAGUAUACAGUUCCUCCAGAUGAACCUGGUCCAUCAGAUGAUAGUUGGAUUAGCUCAUUACUUACGGUCUCGCCGUUUAUCCGUCUCGUGGAGUAUUUUUCUGCUGAGAUCGGUGACGGCGGGAACCAACGAAUGCAGCGGAAAGAUUUCAUGAAAAACUUCCACAAUGAUAUUACGUCGAACGAAAAGGACGAUAUCAAUUCAUUGGUUUUCGAAAGUGCGCCAAAUAGUCAUAUGCAUAGCUCGGUACAGGACGUUUGGUUUGAGGUUGCUCGUCAGGAGCUGGCGUCGAGAAGAGCCAUGCAGCACCGUGCAGAGCAUAUCUUGAUCCGGGACAAUUUACCAGUACUACUUGGAUGUCAGGAUUGUCGGGAUUCAAUGGGAUACCGUGCAUGA